UUCCUCUUCUCAUGCUUAGUUUUCUUCAACUUUACAAUUACUAACAAUAAAUAACAAACACAAUCUUCUAAUUUUUUUUUCUCAUUUUCCUCUCUACAAUGAAUCCCUCCAAACUGAAUGACACAAGAAUUGACAUUGAACCCUCCAACAGAAGAGUGUCUUUUGCAGAAAACCACGCAAAUGAAGAAGAACCACCCCAUCAUCAGCACCAAACCAAUUGUAACAGUAGUGUUCCCUUGCUCCUACAGCCAUCAUAUGCGAGAUCAAAGUCCAUGAUCUUCGAUGAACUCAGAAACUUUCGCAUAAGCCUAAAGUGGUGCGCACUUGACCACUCUUCAUGCGUUGGAAAACUCAUCUCCUAUGUCACUUUCAUCUUCUUCACCAUCGUUGUUCCUCUUCUCACAUCCAUCUUUGUUCAAGUCCCUGCCUCCUCUCCAGAAGAUGACCCCUUCUCCUUCAACAAGCUUGUUCAACUCCCUGAAUCUGGCCUCGCCAUGAUUGCCUUCUUCACUCUCUCCAGUUUCUUCAGAAGGUACGGGCUUCGACAGCUUCUGUUUCUAGACGCAUUGCAAGAAGACACGAGCUACGUGAAACGCGGGUACACACGGGAGCUAGAGAAGGCCUUCAGAUACUUGACAUACAUAAUGCUACCCUCCUUCUUGGUGGAGCUGGCGCACAAGAUCAUAUUCUUCUCAGCGGUUAAGGUUUCGUUGCCACACACGAGGUCGGGGUUGCCGGUGAACUCGAUAGCGUUCGUGUUGGUGUUGGUGUCGUGGGUGUACAGAACGGGGGUGUUCCUGCUGGUGUGCGUGCUGUUCAGGCUCACGUGCGAGCUCCAGAAGCUGAGGUUCGAAGGGGUCCACAAGCUGUUCGAAGGGUGCGGGUCUGAGGCUGGGGAGAUAUUCAAAGAGCACGUCAGGAUUAGGAGACAGUUGUGGGUUACCAGUCAUAGGUAUCGCUUCUUUAUUAUUGGCUGUGUUGUUACCAUCACUGUUAGUCAGCUUGGUGCUCUCUUACUCGUUUUGGCUUCCAAGGCUCACAAGACUUUCUUCAAUUCUGGUGACCUUCUGAUUUGUUCAGCAGUGCAGAUAAGUGGGUUCUUCUUGUGCAUUUUGGGUGCAGCGAGAAUCACACACAGAGCUCAAGGAAUAGUGGCAAUGGCCACACGAUGGCACAUGCUGGUGACUACUGCAUCUGCUGAAUCAGAGCACUGCAAAACUCAAGUUUCUGAGGGGCUAGCAAGUGACAGUGAUUCUGAUGAUUCCUCCAACAUACACGUCUCUGCAAUCCCACAACUUUCUUCUUUCCAAACCAGACAAACUUUAGUGACAUAUUUGCAACACAAUCACGGGGGAAUUACUGUGUAUGGGUAUUCACUUGAUCGUGGAUUGCUUCAUACUUUGUUUGCCUUUGAGUUUUCCCUUGUCCUUUGGAUUUUGAGUAAAGUUGUUGUCUUGUCCUAAUUAAAUAUUCAAGUCCAAAAAAAGGCUUUGUGUGAGUUGCCUCCCUUCUUUUGUAAUUAUUAUUUUUCAAAUUGCUUCCUAUCUAUGAUGUUGGUAAAUAAGAGUUUUUCGUAAAAGGGCUACUCAAUGCUUUUGUAGAAUUGAAACAUCAUG